UGAUGACGACGAUGAUUUGGAGAAUGCCGCACCACUCCGUCUAGCUGCUGCGCAAGCUGAAAGUGAUGCUCGUGACUUAUGCGACCCAUCAAUCCCAGAUAGUGUUCAGAUGCCGAAGAAGUCGAAGAGCAGAUAUCCCGGAAGCCACAUGCUAUUGUUCCAAGCAUUGUCAACCUUCUCAAUCCAGCACCUCCAUCAAAUCGACCGAGCGAGCACGCCAAUGUUACUCCCAUCACAACUCUCAAUCACGCACUAGAUGUCACUGCUGUGGUCCGCUUGCGCAAAUCUCACGACCGAAACUCGGGUGUUCUCUCCGAAAAAUCGUUCGAGCGGAAGGCCAAAUACUCCCACUACGAGCCAAAAAACUUGGCCAGAGUCACAAUGCAGCUCGACUCGGCUGCUGGCCUUGACAUGUCGGAUGGUGUGGCUCAUCCGAAUGAGAUCCAACAUAUCCUUCGGCAUUCAAUUCACACAAACGAUGACCUGCAGCUCCUCAUGCACAAACGACAGGGUGGCUACUCGCGUGUUGAACGUUGGACGGCCACCAAGGCAAAUCCCACCCGUGACGAUGGCGCUGGAAGUUCUUCUGUUAGUAUCGGGAACUGGGCAAUUGCAAAGCAGCUGAUUGCAGCUGUGCCACGCCUUGAAGAUAAUCUUCCUGGUAUCGCGACGCGAAAUGUCAGCGACAUAUCACCGCUAGUAAUUGGCUCGUACGUUGUCAUGCAACGCUCACAGCCCGAGGGCCACUAUAUUGGCCAAGUGGUUUGUAUAUACAAGAAGAAUGGUAGUGGUAAAGGCACUCGACACGAGAGUGUUCUCUUUGCCGGCACAAAAGAUGUUCCCUCAUUGACAAACUUAGGAUUACGGGUUUUCAUUCAGACGCACCCUGAAGAAAGUGAAAACUCAUUUUGGCACUACAGCAAGUCCACAGGGCAUUUAUGGACACUUGCCAGUAUCAAAGAACUCGUCUACAAUCUCGGAACAUCCGCGCUGAGCGUCUCAGAUGGCCGAUAUCACGCUCUGAAACCGUGGGCUUUUGAACGAUGGGAAACAGCUGGUAUGGUGACAGUGCGCGAUAUUAUUGCAUCGCAGUUCACCGUACGGCCUCGCAAGAAGCAGAACCGUGGGCGUACAUAGCUAGAAUCCAGUAGCACGCAAUGUUUUGCGGAAAAUUUCCUUUUUU